CAGUAUUACGAAGCAGCGAAAUUUCCUUCCGGCCAGUCAGCACUCGUAAAUGUGUGAUUUCUGGUCUCAAAACAAAGGUUUCUUGGUCGAAACACAAACCAUAAGCUGGUGAAUUCCUUCCUUCAUAAAACCUGAUCAUCAUUAUAUCACGAUGGCGUAGUGAAGAGCAAUUUUAAGUCACUUAAAAUGACGAGUAGUGGCAAGAAGGGCAAGGCGGCCGUGCUCGAGUUCGAUACUCAAACGAAAGGUACGUUGUUAGAUAGGUCCUGUGAUAAACGGCACUGCCAUAGGCGGUGAAUUUAAUGAGUUGUUGGUAUAAAUACUAUGUGGGGAAUAAAGUGAAGUAUUCGCCUCGAAUCGCUUCCGGGAUGAUAUAAAUCUGCGAUCUUUGGUGACUCAAGAGGCGAAUUGCCGUCCACGCUCUCGGUCAGAAAAAGGCGCGUGGAAGGUCUAAGGUUGUGGCAAAUAUCGGGUUAGUUUGGUCCUUCUUAUAAGGUUAAAUCAAGCAAACAAGCCGCCUUCCUUUGCCUUAAGCAAGAAAUUUAGACAUCGAAGAUGUAAGUGGUAGCUUCAAUCUCCAAUAAUGAUUUAUAAUGGAUCAGACGGAAUACAAAUGUACAUGUAUACAAAACUGAAGCUUAAACUUAUAAAAUAAGCAAGCUCCUGGAAGUUUUAUUUUGCAUCAAACUUCUGUGUUCAGAGAAAAAUAAUUUCAUUUACGACCAGACCUGUGAGAUUUUUGACAAACUGCCAUUUAACCGUGUUUCCACGUUGAGGUGUCCUAUUAAAUUACCAUACAUGGCCAGUUUUGGAGCGUAAACUGAAAGUUAGCUUUUAUAAGCUUAAUUUCUUCUUUGUGCAAAUACAACUAAGCUUAUUUUGUUGGAUGUGGAAUUUUAGAGGUUUCGCUUAAAUUUAUUGAAUAAAAACUUGUUUAGAGCCAUUAAUAUUUAAACCACUACAAAAUUUGACCUUAUCGUAGAUUCCACAGUAGCUGUGCUUGAAUGUUUCGUUUAGUUUGGUCUGUGUAGUUAUUUUUGACCGCGCCGCAAGCAUUCACAAACUACCUUUUAUGUUCAUUUAUUCGUGAGACGUGAAAUGUAUAAAAUAUUUAACAUUUAGUGCCUUGUUUCCUUUUUAAAAUUUUCAUGGCUUCUUGACUUGACCAAUUUUUUCGUACUGUACCUGAAUCCAAUGCAUAUGUUUGAGUUGUACGCUCAAGUUAAUUGAAGUCUUUAAAUUCCUAUUAAAUUUACGGAUUCUGUAUUAACCCUAUCGUAAACUCCUGACCACAAAUUCGUUGUGAAAUUAGGCAUGUGAUGAAGUUUGUAACGAUGAAAUUUUGCCGGAGUUGUCGAUACACGAACUUUGAAACAAUAAGCUUUUAAUCUAUCAAGUACUUUGUUGUUGCAGGUCACGAAAUCUGUUCACGCAGUUAAAUUAAUUUACUCCAUUUGUAUUGGGCAUAUCCAUGGAUAAAAGAGUGUACAAAGAUUUAAAGGGUUUCUUUGAAAAACUAUUGCCUCCAUAGUUUGUUUUUUUCCCCUAACAACACUACCAGUUGUAUUGUGUCUAACAAACAACUUGUUUCAAGUGCUGUGGAUAUAUUUAGUGUUAAUUCAGUUUUACUUUUUCUAAAUUCCAUUGAUUUGAGAAUUGAUCUGUGGAAAAGUAAGCGUAUAGUCAAUAGAGUACAUUUGAAUUUUCCUGUAAUUGAACUAUAAAGGAAAAUGUAGAUAGAAAAUUUAUCCUGUCAAAACAUGAUACUGAAUAACUGUUUGUAGUGUCGAAAUAAUAAAUGCUAUUUCAAAAUCUGUAUAAUCUUUAUGUGGUGGUACUCAAUGCUUAUCUUUGGGUGGUUAAAGGUCUAUCAAAAAUGAAAUACAUUAUUUAUUAAUCCACUUAAGAGGUAGUUUGAUGCUUAAAGAUAGACAUUUCAGCAGCCAUUAUUUGUUUUUUUUUCCUUUCCUUCCUAUUAUGAAGUCAUUUCCUGUUGUGGUAUGCUGAUCAUCAAUUUAUUAUAGUCAAGUCCUUAAAAUACCUAAAUACAGAGACAGACAUAACUAAAUGUGAUUGUUAUAGAGGCGUCCAUUCUUUAGAAGUUUUUAACGGUCGUGAAUUCAGUUAGCUAGUAGAUUAUAAUUAACAAUCUAUUUUUGUUGUUAUUGAAUGAGGCUGAGUGUGAUGUGAAGAAUGAUGCAGAUGAAGGAUAACAACCUGCAAGAUCAGCAUACACAUGUAAUUCUUCACAUCAUACAAAAGCCAAAUUCAAUAAAUAUUGUUUUAUUCUUCGACAUUCAAAUUAUUUCUAAAUUCUUAACAAGCUUACCUCCUCAUAGACUUUCUUAAAAACUUUGACCUAUAUCUCGGCAUAGUUUCAGGAUAUAAACAGAAUAUUGCUUUCUCUGACAGAUACUCCUCAAAAAUAGAUACUUGUAACAUUCAUGCUCAUACUUGUAUUUGUUCCGUUCAGUUUUGGUUAGAAAUUCAGCUAUUUCAUCUUCAGACAGCCUUGAAAGCCAUGUUUUAGUUCACUUUGUCCAAGCUGCCUUUUUUCUAAGAAAAUACAGUAUACCAUCGAUCAACCUUGUUUCGAAGUAAAUACACCAUUAAAUCAAUGGGACAGGGCUGUAUAUUGCUGGUAUCUUCCAUAUAUUUUAAGUGCCAGUUGGUUAUGAAGAAGUAGCUGGGUGAUUAGAGUCAAUCAGAAACAUUGAAAUAUUUUAAAUGAAUAAUAAUUAACAAUAAUCCAUGAGUGCGCAUUGGAUAUGAGAUGGUAGAUAGCCAACGAGGGGCAUAGCACCGAGUUGGCUGUAAUCAUCUCAUAUCCACAAGCGUUAUUGUUUAAAAACGCCUACAAAAAAUCUGAAAUUCCUCCUGAAUUUAUUUGUUAAAACAACCGACUUUCGGCUUGUUUUUAAUUUUGAACAGAUGCGCACAGUUACCAUAUUUGGCGAGAAUGGUAUAAUGGCUCAUAUACCAUGACGGCAAAGCCAAUCAAAGCUCUAGAAUUGCAUUAUCCAAUAAUUCAGUUUUUAAUAAUUGUUUUUAUUUCAUCUUCCAGAGGUACGGCAGAUUCUUAUAGAACAACUAAAAUGCUUUGACAGCAGAACGGAAGGUAAAGUUCUGUUACUAGCAGACUUACAGGAGUUUUUCAGGAGGUUGUCAGAAAUUGAGUUGGAUUACUCCAGAAACCUUGAGCGGCUUUCAAAGAUGUACUUGGACAAACUACAUAGACAUAAGACUCAAAGGUACUGUCAUAAUGCCAUAGUUUUUUUGCAUUAUAUAUGAAACAUUCAAAUCUUAAUGGACUAACUCGUAACAACUAGUAGUUUCCAAUGGAAAGUGAAGUGCUGCGAGUAAAGCAUGACAUUUCAAAUAAUCUGAUAUUUGACAUUAACCGUGUCAAAUAACUGUGCAUGUAAUGCUACAGGACACAAAGGCGGUUGAUAAAAACUGAACUUUGAACCACAAUGAAUAAUGACAGACCUGUACAGUGAUAAAAGUUAUUUCUAAGUUUACAGUUUACUUUUAUAUGGAAAGACUACAUCAUUAAACGACAAUGAGUACAUACACAUAUAGCCUGCGUGGCAGGCAUUCAAAAGCAAAAGGGAAGGGAAUUUGGGUGUGAGACUGCAUGCGGGGGAGAAGGGAGGACAGGAAUGCCUACAAGAAUGCCUUGUACGCCUACUAUGUGUUUUUUGGGCGACUAGAAUCCCAUCCCUUUCAGAUGCCUGCCAUAAAUGCUAAUAUGCAUAGAACAACAGCAACAACAACAAUAAACAUGUCAACUAGCUAUUUAAUUACGCGGUUCAAAUUUGAUGUUUAGAGGUGAUACUUUUAUAUGAGUUGGGCUAGCGCCCGUUGUACAUCCAGGAGUUAACCAUUAAAUUUUAUUCCACUUACCUAACGUAUUCUGAUGGGCAGGGAUGUAGCUAUAACAGCCAGCUUUGGCUAAAAUCAGUGGCUGAAAGGGAGACAUGGAGUAAUCUGAAUAUGCAGACUUUAAGCAAAAAAAAAUGCUCUUUAGCUUUUUUUUAUGGCUACAUCCCUGGUUAAGUGCAUCUCUUAACAGUCAUUGUUUCUGUUACUGUCUUAUGUUUAGGAAGGAAAAGGGAACAACAAUGGAUUUAUGGCAACAAGUACUAAUGGAAACAAAGACCAAAUCUAAAAUGCAUUUAGGCCUAAGUGAGAAUGUUUCCAAUAAUGUGGUGAACAGGUUUAUGAUUAUAAGCGAUGACUGUCAGAGAGUAGCCAAAAAGGUGACUAUUUAGUUAUUGAAUGUCCCUUUAAGCCCCCAUAUCCACAUACAAAUUCUCCAAACUGAUCUCCAUACAUUUCCUUCAUGAAUGAGUUGAGAGAAUUUGAUAAAAGAUCAAAGCAUUUUAUCUUAGGUGAUCAUUGUGUUAAUUCUCAUAACCUAAUCUCUUGACAUCAUAUGGAUAUGGUUAGGAGAAAAUUGAUGUUGGUCACUAUUGGGACUUGGUUUCCAAACAAACAAACAAGACAGUGCCCAGCAGUACCCAGAACUUGCAGCCCGUGGCGCCGACUUUUGUGUAUACUCUUCAGGGCUGUGCUCUAGCAGAGCCCAGUGGCCUCUGGCGCCUAACUUUUGCCCUCGGGCGACUAGAAAAACUUAGAUUUUUCAUACAAAUCAUAUGCUGGACACCCCAGAUUUUACAGUUUCAGAGCACUGGGUUCACUUCAAUUUUCCUCAGAGCACAGCCUUGCUCUUGGAUGACAAGCAGCUCUAACCUUUUUGCAUAGAAAUAAUACACAUGUAUGCUGGGUACCCUGGAUUUUGUAGGUUCAGAGUGUUGGGCUCCCUUCAAUUUUUCUUAGAGCAUGGCCUUUUUCAAAUCAGCUUAAUUUUGUGACUCUGUUUAUGUGCAACUUGUUAUCAAACUCAAAAAGGUGGUUUCCAAGUUGCCCUCAGCCGUAAGUGUUUUCAUUCUGAUGCAAUUAAAACCUAUUUUCACUGGAAAAGUUUUGCACUUAGCCUCGUUUUGAAAGUGAGAGUGUUAGAAAAUAGCUUACUAAUGCUGUGGUGAAAGGUUUUUCCUCAAAGUUGACACUAUUUUGUAAGUUAUUUAUUUAUUAAGCACUGUGCAUUUGAUUAUAUUCAGUAUGUACAUAGAUAUUUGUGUGCUAUAAAUUUUUAAAUUAUUAUUUGAAUAUUAAAUUUGCAUUUUGAGUGAGACUGUUGGCUAUUUAUCAGGGAUCUGAAGGGUACCCUUUAUUAAUCUUGUUAUGCCAUCAUUUUAUAGAAAAGGAUUAUGUAGAUAUAAAGUCAUAGAAUUUGCUCCUCUCAGGCUUAGAGGUUAAGUGAAUUUACAUGCACACCAUAAAAAGUUUUUCCACCUAAUUAGUAAACUGUUUGCAUUUAAGGUAAAAAGGUGACAACACAACAUGCUAAUAUGGAAAGCAUAUAAUUUACUUUUUGCAGUGCCGGGAGACAGCAACAACUCUGCAAGAUGAGCUACAAAAGUCAGUGCAGGAACUUAACCGGGUAAGCAGUCAUGACAAAUUAACUUUUUGAUCUUGCUGUAAGUUAGCUAAAAGCAUUAUACAGUGUAAAUAAUGUUGUUUUUUACACUUACGAGAGUAUUGCAGUUAUCUGUCUUUGUCAAAACCACUGUUGAAUCAUGAAGACAUGCUACAGGCAGAGGGACUUCGCUUCUCCCACUUUCAAGGACAUCUAACAUAUAUUAAUUUACUGUUUUAUACAUACUUCAGUCAAAAUUUAUGCGGCAAGAUUUGUUUAAUUUUUUCCAGCGUUUUCACCGCUAUCACUCCAUGGCUAUCGAAAGCAAAACUGCAGAGCAGAAACUACAAAAGAUGGAAGACUCACGUCGUAAGAAUGAAAAAAUGGCGAAGCAGUUUGAAAAGGUACCUACAGUUGUAAUGUAUAGAGAAGUUUUCAAGGAACGUUUAGGUUCCUAUUUGAAGAGCUUUGAAUUCUUGACUCUUGCUCAGUGAGGGAGACAUCAUGCCCAUUAACAACAGUAACUGACAAUGAGUAAUAAUUAGUUGAUGCACAGCAGCCUGGUAAAGUUAAUUAUUGUUUAUAGGCCCUUGUCUUUCAAGUUGUAAGCAGGUAAAAAUUUGUUUAUUUCCUUGUGCGUGCACCCUAUUUUUUUUCUGUAAUAAAUAAAUAAAUAAAUAAAUGCAUUGUAACAAUUUAGAGGUAGCACAUCCACAUAAGUGGGUUUUUCGCCUACCAUUCUGGAUGAACUGGAAUUUGGAAAUGUUGGUUUUUGAGGAGAGGGGAAAACCAGAGUACAAGGAGAAAAACCUCUCAUAGCAAAAGAGUCCAGAGAGAACCAACAACAAACUCACAGAAAGUUUUGAAGUAGACGGCUGAGUUGUCAAAGUAAGCGGCCAGUCCAGGAAUAUUUUAUUUAAAAAAAUGCCAUCCGUAAAAAAUGGCCAAGCAGAGUAGCCGGCCCAUGCUAACCAAGUAGGCGAAGAUUUUUGCUGACAGCUGGCUACAUUUGACAACCCUGAACUCAACUCACAUUUUGGGUCUAUGCCGUGAUUUGAAAUGAACUCGGGCCACAUUGGAGGGAGGCGAGUGCUCUCACCACUGCACCACCACUGCGCCACCACUGUGCCACCCCUGCUCCUCUUGGUUGUAGAUUCAUGAUAAAAAGGAAACAAUUUUUGACUGUAUCAGAAUGUUGCUUUUGACAUCAUUCAAACUAAUGACUUUGAUUGCUUUUUGUAGCACCAACAGAAAUUUUCAGAAAGCAAGAAGAGAUGCACAAAAGCAAAGAAUGACUAUGUCUUGUCACUAGCGUCCACAAACCGCUUCCUGGAAAACUAUUACAACAAGUUCCUAGGUACUUUGGUGGAUGUAAGUAUUAUCAUUUUGUAUCCAUUGACUAAAUAGCUAGCAAAUGGAUACCAAAUGGCCUUUUAAAAGUGUUGUAGUCAGGGUUUUCAGUAAAGUUAUAAGUAGGUGGCAAAAGCUUUGCAGUAGGCGGAGAAGGAAAAAACUUGCAAGCGCUGAAAGAGCGAGUAACAAGGGGGUCCGGCGGCAUGCCCCCUGGAAAAAUUUGGAAAUCUGGGCCUCUUAGAGUACAUUUUCAGCAUUCUGGAGCAAAAAUUAGAGUGUUUGAACAGAACACCGACAUCAUUAAAUUUUGCCUUUUUGGGGGGUAAUUUCCAAAGAAAAGUAGGCGGCGAGUUCACAUGAAAUAGCUGGCGAAUUUUGCCAGCUGCUGGCUCUUAUUGAGAACGCUGUAUAGUGAUUUGAUUUUAAAAAUUAAUGCUUUGAAUAGGUUAGGGAAAAUAGUUUCUUUUGGGUGUGUAAAGCAUUCAAAUGGAUUGUCUUGUUUUUUUAUCAUGGUUUGCUCAACCCUUUUAGUACCAGGGAUGACCAAUGCCAAUUUUCUCCUAACAAUAAUGAAUACAUAAUCACAAAGAAAAGGCCAUGAGAAUUGCAUGUAGUAGAGCAAUGACCAAGGGAAAUGUGCUGAUCUUUAAACGCAUUUUUCCAACUAAGUGUAACUCGUUAGGAAUUUGUAUGGACAUUGAUCUGGAGAAUUUGUAUUUGGAUGUUGGAGCUUAAGGGGUUAACUGAUUGGCUUAACAACCUGGGUCGGCUUGUUCGAAGUUGGGUUAAGAUAACCAAGGGUUAGCAUGAAAUUUGAACCCAGAUAUGGGAGCUUCAUUUAAAGUAAAUUCAGUUUAAUUCUCUUUUCUUACAAUUUGAUGAUUGAAAGAAUAGAGAAAAUUAUCUGAGAAAGUGCUUUUGAGAAAAAGAAAAAGAAACCUGGGUUAAAAUAACCCCGGGUUAGACCUGGGUUAGCCUCACCGGGGUUCAAACAACUGGGCCCUGAACAGAAUGUUCAACUUAAAGCCCCAGCCAUUGUUAGUGCAGGUUGCUUGUGAGUAUCCUCUCCACUAAUGGACAAUGGUGGUUCUUCAUGUAAACCAUUACAAACAAAAUUGGAAUUAAGAAAUGAUUGUGAAAGGUUUGACUCGGAAGAUGACUACCUCAGAAAAAGUUGUCAAAAUGUCAGUCACUGUCAGCAACAGUCCUGUUCAGGAAUACUUUCACCUGGACGAUCAUACUCACUCUAAGAAAUUAUUGUUUUUCAAGAGAGGGGGAAACCAGAGUACUUGUAGGAAAACCUCUUGAAAGCCCUGGCCUUCCUUGCAUUUUCUCUUAAUUCAAUCCACUUAAUACAGACAAUCCAUCAAUACAGGCGCUUUCUAUAUAUAGCCUCCUCAUUGUCUGUAUUAAAGUUUGACUUUACAUGCAAAAUGUAGCCAAGUAGUUAUAAACUCUCCUAAAAUCUGUUAUUGUAGGGUUUUGACACCAAUUAUCACGACUCCUUCAAAAGAGGCAUAGAGGCAUACACUACAGCAGAAGCCACCCUCGCAAGUGCAACAAUUCAAUCUGCUGACAGCAUACGUGAAGGAAAGCUUUCUGUGCUGGCUGAAAAGGAUAAGCACUACUUCUUUGAAGACAGCCAUGGAGCCCUUGCCUUGCCAUUCACUUUUGCUUUUCUUCCAUACAACGAUGAAGAGGCAUGUUCUGUUAGUUUUCUUUGAUUUUCAAGCUCAGUAAUGAUUCUUGGAGAGAACGCAGAGUACAUGUAUCAACCAGUACUAAGACCUCCUUAGGAAGGAGUGGUGGGGGGUUGGGGGUUGGGGUAGGGGAGGGGUAGCUAUGUCCCUAGUCUGAACUUCAAAAUUGGUCACUUGUGUAUUGAAAAGGAGGCUCUUGUCUAUGUCUCUUUUGGUAUUUUACUAUUGUAGUUGUGAUGGUCCUUAUUGCUGUCAUGGUUACAACCAAUCUUUAUGUUGUUUGUUGCCAUUUCAUUGGUCUCACAUGUAAAGCUGUAUGUCAUUUUUUCAAAGCCAUGUUACUUGUCAAACUGUACCAUUACAAAUAGUCAGUACUGUGAAGAUGAGUUAGAUACUGGAACUGGAACACCAUAAAGUUUUGUGAACUUAAUUUAUGAAUUUCUGCAAGAAUUAUUGUCUUUUUGGUAGACACUCAAUACAGUGGUUCAUCUGUUAUCCAGACACCUUGAAGUUGUAAAAAAUGACUCAGUGGUACCUUGUUUUAUUGAAUCCUUUUACUCUUACAAGAAGCCAUGGUUGAAACUCAAGAAAAGAACCUUAUCAUCACACGAAUUGAGGGAAUUGCUUUUUGCUUUUUUCCACAGUUAAAUCAGGUGUCACCCCAGCAGACAGAUGUCAUAGAACAUCAUUAUAGAGUCUAUGAGAGACUUCAAAAAAUACGAGCUGAAACUGAGGAGGUCUGUGCCUUGUUUGAAUGUUGUUACUGUUUUGUUUAUUUGUUUAGGUGUUUGUAAAUUCAUAAACUUUAUAGCAAAACUAAAAUAGCUCACAUUACCCAUGUCUGAGAAAAAUAAUCCUUAUAUUCUUUAGUGCAGUAAACUCUCUCCAAGACAGACACUGUUGGGACCAUCCCAACCAUAGAGGGUUCUGUCUGGUGUCUGUCUCAAAGAGAUGUCUGUCUCAUUAGCAAUUAUUGAAUUCUGCUUUCGUAGGAUAUAAAGAAUUCUGCAGAUUGAGGAGAGUGUUAUUCACCAAGCCCGAAAAUAAUUCCAAGUUUAAAAACAAGUUAAAAUAUACUUACCCCGGUCGAUGUUAAGUUCAUAUCGAUAGUGCAUCUUUAUCGGGAAGUUUAGGAGAUAAAGGGCUGUCCAGGUCUGCAAAUAUACUCCAAAUAUCAGAUGUCAUCUGUCGAGUUCUCUUCUUGCUGUUCUUGCCAUGUUUGUUAGACCAUAGUUCGCUGUGAAAUGAGUAAAAUGUUCUGCCAUUACUCACUUCGAAAACAACUCAAACUUGUCCCCAGGUUUUCUUGGUUAAUGGUUCAAUAAUCUGCAAUUUUGCUGCACUUUUGACAUCAUCGGUUCAAUAUGGCGAAAUUCUUCCAAAUUUGGUCAACAGUAGCUGGUUUUGAUGAAUUAUGCGUGUGAUUUUAGCCAAUCAGAAACGGAGAAAUAUUUUGAAUGAAUAAUAAUAGAGUUUAUAGAGGUGUCCGAGACAGGAAAGGAAGUCAGGUACCAUGCCUUUUGGCAUCCAUACUUUUUUCUUCAAAAUCAAGUUAUCAAACACUUCAGCGUAUGCAUCGCGUUUUUCUUGUCUUCUUGACGUCUGAUGCAUGAUGACGUUAGUUGUUUCAUGCCUCUGAUACAAUGUAUUCUAAUUUCUUUUCUGGGUACAUGAAUGUAUUGCUGGCACAACAUUUUAUUUUCCAAGCUAAAAGAUAAUAAAAUAAUGAUUAACAACGGAAAAUAUCCACUUUUGACUCUCUGAUGAUUCUUCCUGGUAUCUCUUUAGAUUGAAAAGACGGCAGAAGCAACCUCAGAUGCUCUGAGUGAAAUGUAUCGACAGUGGGAUAAUGAGAUGAUGAGGAUGGCCAAUGGUGAAAUUGACAACGCUUCUGGCAGUGCUAGUUGUACAUCUAUCAAGAAUAGCAGUGAAGAUUUAGAAUUGUACUUUAUUGUGGUAGGUUGAACACUUCAUGGUCUUGUAUUGGUAUUUAUAAAUUAUUAUUUUCAUUAUCCCUGUAGAUUACCAAGGUUUAAAUAUAGACCAAUUUCAGGAUAUCAAAAUUCAUACCUCGCUCUGAGUCUCGGUGGAAUAAAGUCGAAGAAAAGUCGUUGAGUAUCAGGAAUGAAUAAAACAUUUUACUUUUUUAUUCCCCCAAACUUCAGAACCAACCAUGAAACUCAAUAACACAGCAGGAAUACACAAGAAUGAAGUCGAAGGAUGUUGAUCGCUCUUUGAAGGAUAUCCAAUCCAAAAAUGUCCUUUCUUGGAUGGUGUUAUCGGCCAUCAUACUCUUUCUCGUCCAAUCAGUGUUUGUUAUUAGUUAUGAGGAUUUUCCAAGGCAUUCCCGAUUUGAGUUGCCUAUCAUUAUUUUUAUGAAGUAUUGUUUUUUCUUCUUCUGUACCUUUAGAAAAUGAGGGAACUGAUUCUUACUAGCAGCUUAAAAGUCAGAAUGGAAGCUGAAAAUGAUAUGCUCACCAAGACACUGGGUUAGUACAUACGUAUAGUUCACUUUGUACAAAUGCUCUAGAAUAGUUCCCGUAAAUUCCACAAAUAGGCUCCCAGCCUUUACUUUUAACAGGUUUUUAUUCGUGGCUGGCGGGAAUUGAGGGGUGGAGGGGGUGUCCAGGGUUUUUCACUGUAGACUAGAAAAUUCUUGCUAAACUUAGCAAAUUCAAAGACGACAUCAUCAUUAAAGUCUACCUGUAGCAUGUAACUAGUCACAUCUGGACUUCCAAGUGCAAUACAGUUAGCCCCCCGCUCUUCCCCCCUCCCCCAUUCCGCCACAGAGGCUCUUUUCAGUGAAUUUUGAGCAUUUGGGGGCCUUUCCUUUCGUGGGGAGGGAGGGGGGAGGUUGGUGUGGACAUUUACACUCAUGCGUGUAUGUAAUAGAACUCAAAUUUACUAACGAUCUGUUUUUUAAUUAUAAAACGUUUGCAGGAGAGGUCACACCCGAUAUAGUUGGAGCCAGGUAAUAAUAAUUGAAUUUACUUUGGAAACUUUAGGGCAACAUUGUUUGGUUGCAAAUUCCCGAGGGGAUUAUAUCACUGUAGUUUAAUCGUUUUACCAAUUUUUGCCUUUUAGUUGCUAUGAAAUUUAACCUAAUAGAAGAAAUACCCGUCUCCCUUUAAAGCGGAAAAAACGCUGUGGGCCAAUCCAAAAGUAGAGGACAAUCGUUCAUGCAUAAUGCCAAACCGCAGUUUUUAACCUAAAGAAACAAGAAUGUGGCGUUGUGGCCUUGACCAGCUUGCGCAACGAAAGUGAAAGAUUAGGAAAUUCUCCAACGUAGCACAAAAUAUUAAAAAUUAAUGUUCAACGAGGGAAAAAAUCCGAAUGACUGCUACAGUAGGACAAACAACACAUUCCUAUCUCCAAAUAGCAAAAUCAAUACUUCAUGACCAGUACAUACAGUGGAAGCUCUGGUAAUAUGCAAUCGGACGUGUAUGUGAAAAAAACAAACAAACAAACGCUAAAACUGAUAUUAAUUCAUUGUAACAGAUAGUGAUAUAUAUAUAAAAACAAAAACAAAAACCGAAAAGAAAAGAUUCAGAGGCGAAUCUCUCCAUAACUGGUCUGCCACACAGCCGUUUUAGUGUCGUCACGCAAUUGCGUGACGAGUGACGACACUAAAAACGGCUGUGUAGCAGACUACUCCAUUACUUGGUCUAGAAAGAAAAAGUUUAACUGCGACAUUUUGUUUUAUUCCGUGACAGGCUUAAGAGGCCACAUUUGGACAUAGGCUCUAAAGAGGCCUCAGCUAUAUUGGAUUCUGUACAAAAGAAAACCAAAGUUUUCGGUUGUAAUUUAGAAAAUUAUUUGAAGGUGAGUGUUUGUUCUUAGUCUUUAUAUUUUUAAUGUUGAAGAAGGAAGUAUUGUUAGUAUAGUGUUAAUAUUUCUCCCCAAGUUUUGUUCGAAGGGGUCACUGUACCACAGGAUUUCAUUCACAACUCAAAAGUCAGUAGUACUUACAAAGUAAAUACUACCGUGCAAUGUUAAAGAGAUUUCAUUUGAAUGGAUACACCAUAAGAUUUCAUUCAUAGUUUGAAAAGUUAGAACUACGUGCUUGAUAUACAGAACCAUGUGAAAGCACUUCUACAGAGGUUUAAUUUGAAGAAUUGUACCCUCAGAUUUCGUUAACAGAUUUGAAAGUUUGUUCUUCAACACUGGGACAUUGUGUGACCUUCGAAAACAGGACGGCUGUAUUCGCAGGCUACACAUUCUGCCCAUUAAUUUAGUGUGGACAUAGUCUUAGAGAGAGUAGAGAGUCGUAGAGAGAUAGCUUCCCAAGCACAGCGUAUAAAAAUCACUAAUAGAGAGCUUAAGCAACAACGACAGGGAACGGUUACGAAAACGUCACUUAAAAAGUAAAGUGGCACUGUUUCAAACUUUAUCGCGCUUAUUCCAUCUCGUUCAAUUCGUCAAAUGUUAGCAAUUUUUUCUCGAUUUCAAUUCUAAAAAACUCUAUCAAAGUUCAGGAAAAGAAAACGAAAGUCAUCGUCUUGCGUUCACGUUCUCCACAAAACGUGUUAGGCAUUUUCACGUCGUGGUAGUCGUGCAAUGACUGCAAAGAAAUGUGCAAAAAAGCGUGAUGCACGUGUAAAGUUGUUGACCUACUGCUUUUUUGCCGUUCUCGUUGACUUUGCCGGCGUCGUUGUUUAAGCUCCCUAAUGGAUAACGAGAGAGUUGCACUCUUAUAUUGUAAAUUGUAUUGGCAUAAAUAUUUCGAGAAAAUAAGUAUUUUCUUUUGCAGAUUACAGGAAGGGAAAUUCCUGAAGUAGUAGAAAGUUGUGUCAAGUUUAUAAAAAAGUUUGGUGAGUAAAUUAACUAUUCUUUCGCCUUUAUGAAAAAAUACCCUCUUCGGUUGACUCUUUAUAAAAGGAAAGUUCGGUCCCUUGUUUACACUGAUUGUCCAAGUUGUAAUCAACGAGUUAGGAUGUAUGACGCCCAAACGUUUUCCCCGUACGAAUAUUCGUCGUCAAACGUGCUUAUCAUAGCAGUUUUCUAAUAUCUAUUCUAGUGAAUUAUAUUAUUUAAUCAGAUAUAACAGAAAAACAUUGCAUUUGUUUAUAGCGCAGCAGCGCUUUUUGAGUGGAUGUAGUACUAUUUUAUCCUUGUUUAGAAUAUCUUUGUGGUUGUGUACGUACGUUAUUGCAAAGCCGGUUUUUUGUUUGUUUACUUCUUCUUUAAAUUUCUUUUUCCUUUUACUUUUGUGUUUUUUGACAGGUUUGGACCAUCAAGGAAUAUUUCGCUUGUCGGGUUCAACAACAGAAAUUAACGAUAUGAAACAGCUAUUCGAAAAUGGUAAUAAAACCGAACGGUGCAUGUUGUUGCUAUGUCACGUUCAUUUAACUAGAAAGGCUUUGACGUUUACCCAGACAACAUGCAUAUACAUGAAAACCUUUAACCCUUUGGUGACGGCCAGCGAGUGGCGAAAAAAACCACAUUUUUCACCAAUAUACCUCAUUUUAGGACUGUUUUCGGUUCAUUAGCAUAAGAAUGGCUAAAAAUGAGUUUUGCAACAAAAAGGGCAUAUUUUCCGACUAAUCGAAUGAAAUAAAUUUUUUUGUUUUCAUUCUCUACUGCGUGCGUAUAACCCAAUUUCUUUCCUUCUUUUCUUGCGUAUCUAUUUCGAACUUUCUUAAACUGAAAGCUAAAUGGGUCCAGGAAGUAAAAUCUCUAUUUUAUCUCGGGUAAUUUUUAGUUUUCAUUUGUUUCAACUUCAUUAGCGUACAAACAAAGGAAAAAAUUAAUACAAAAUUAGCUGAGGUAAAAAAUUAACUACAACAUAUACACCGUUCCAUAUGGAACAAAAACGACUAAAGCGGUCUUCAAAGGGUUAAAGUAAACUUCGGCAAUGCAAGUAAUAAUUCAUCCACUGAGUCAAAAGAUAAAACCACGUAAAACGUUAUAAGGAUUAUUACAAAGGAGUAUGUUAGUAUUAAUGUUAAUGUUAAUUGUAACUAUUAUCAACAUUAUAAUCAUCUUCAUCAUCGUCGUCAUCAUCAUCAUCAUCAUCAUAUAAUCAUAAAAAGCCUUGGAUCAAUUCAGGUUUCUGGGAAACUGCCCACCUACCCCUCCCCUGAGCCAUCGUUUUGCCCUAAGUGAGAAGUAAGUGUUAAUGUUGGCGUAGGGGAGGGGCAGGUGGGCAGUUAAUUGACCCAAGGCUUUCAACUAACCAUUAACUAGAGUCGAACCUCCACUAACGGCUACUCUUUUCUGUCCCCAAGGUGCCCGUUGUGGAAAAGUUCGACUGUAGAAAAAAACCCUGAUGGUAGAUGCGCUAACAACUACCCGUAAUUAUUGUUGUUUUCAGGUCGUGAUCCAUUAGCAGGUUUGAAUCACUGGAAAGAUAUCAACGCUGUUGCUGGUUUACUGAGGGUGUAUUUCAGAGAACUUGAAGAUCCACUUUUCCCCAGCUCACACUAUCAAGAGUUCAUCAAGGCCAGCUGUUAGUAAAUUGCAUAGAUUUGAGACGAUUCCGUGGGGCUAAAUCUCAUCCCCCCCCCAAGUGACUGCCUCCACCCUACUUAAAUUAUAGCCCCCCCAUUCCGUUCGAUCAAUUCAGUUCACUGUUAUCGAAGAGCCACUUAUAUUUGCAGAUCGUUAGAAAGUGAAAUACAGGAAAGUGAACGGAAGACAUGAAUGGGCACAGUGUGAUUUGAAUCGGAAUUUGCUUGUUAUGCGGCCGUUUUUUAUUCAACUCUAGCUAAAAUUACCGGCAUUCAUAAACCAAACCUUACAAGGCAUAUAUUUUAGCUUAACAGUUCUAUGUAACCUCAAGAAAACUAAGCUAGUCAAUUGUUACUGAGAGGCGCUAAUGGUUAGUUCCACAGACAACGUAAUUCCCUUUUGUGACACGUUUGGGUUAUUAUACGUUUCUGGGAAACUGCCUACCACCUAACCCUCCCCUAAGCCAACAUUUUGCCCUAAGUGAGAAGUAAUUUUUAAUGCUGGCUUAGGGGAGGGGUAGGAGGGCAGUUUCCCAGAAACGUAUAAUGAUCCGAAAUUUUUAUCUACCUUUCAUUUUGCUAUCCAGUUUCAAACUUUCAUGCCCUGUCCAGUAUGGUAUUCGUGCUGGUGCAAAAGCUAUGCGGUGUCAGCGUGUGAACAUUGCCUAAAAAUGGAGAGUCACAUAUAGACCUUAUUCACGAUACCCGCCAUCUUUGCACGCGCUUUAGGAUUGAUGAGAUAAAAGCAAUGUCACGUGGUAUUUCAGAUUGCAAACAAAAGAUAACAUUUGCCAAUGCGAGAAAUCGCGGUCGACUUUGUUUAUUCUCUUAAAAUGAAACGACGAUUAAAUAGUCAUGCAAAAUGUACGGUUUGAGUUUCAACAAAAUUGACGUCAUUAUUGCUUGCUGUAAGGACAUCUACAGUCGCUACUGCAUCCUAACAAGUAGAAAUGAUCACUCUCAACCAUAAUUUGCCAUUAUCGUGUUUAAUAUGAAAAGUUGUUCAUUUUCUGUUGUCAAGAAUAAACAAACUCGACCGCGAGUUCUAGUAUUGGAAAAAUUUAUCACAUGUUUGCCCCCUGAGAAAUCAAGUGACAUCGCUUUUAUCCCAUCAGUCCUUAACCCAUUCGCUCCUGGAGAUUUUGCCGAAAAACGCGUUUUGAAGCUAGUCGAGUGGUUUUCUGGUCACUGUCGUGCUAUAAAGAGCUAAAACGUACCACAAACCGGUUUACAGGUCGUACACUUUGCGGCCUUCUGAUCGAGAUGCAAAAUAUCAGCUUGCGAAGUUCGGGCAUGCGCCGAAAGCAAAAUUUCGAGAUGGAAAUUUUCAGGUCAAUGUCACGUGAUUUUUUGCUUCUUUCUCCGGUGUCCUUGACUGAAUUGUGCUCAUUCUGGUAUGGUUUGAAAGAUCUCUUCACUCUGCACAAUUUAGCGAACAAAGUUGUCCUUGACCGUUAAAAACUGAUGACGUCACAAAGGGUAGAAAGGACGUGGAUCCGCACGGGCGGUUACAGGCGGUUCAGGGGCGAAUGGGUUAAGCGCGUGCAAAGAUGGCGGGCAUCGUGAAUAAGGGCUAUUGGAUAGGUAUUUAUAAUAUACCGGAUGGCUUUUUGUGCCGGUGUUGUGUGAACGUAGCGUUAAAUUCAAAUCUUGUCCAUGUGUUGGAAUAAAUCUAGAAAGGCUAGCAAAUAAUUAAAGUGUAACUUGCAGUAAAGAAUAAUCACGUGGCUACUUAUUAAAACAAACCUUCCUUAUAUUCUUGUUUCCUUAGUGUCGAGCUCGGUUGAAGAUGGUAUAAGAGAAUUGUCAAACGUCCUCAAUUCCUUGCCUGAGUCAGUAGUCCAGGUCAUGAAGUACCUCUUUUCUUUUCUUAGCUUGUAAGUACUGUUGUUUAGAAAUUGGUUGAUAAUUGGUUUUAAAAGGGCUGCACCGAUAUCGCAGAUAUUAGUGACUUUAAGAUCCAACGACGCGACACCAACAAGAACGUCGCUUAAAAAGUGGAUUUGCGUUCGGUUAGUCUUUGUAGCGAUUAUUCCUACCCACUUACUGUGUCAAAUGUAGGCGAGCCCUCCUGAAGCUGAAUUUCAAUAGACCAUAUCCAAGCUCAGAAAGAGGAGUAAUAUUUCGUCGUUGCUUGUUUACGUCCUCCAUAAAGCACAAAAUUAGGCAUAUUUUUCACGUCGUAGUUGUGCAUAAACGGGAAAGAAAUGGGCAAAAAAGUGUGAUGCGCGUGCAAGGUUGUUGUUUUGGUUAUAAUACCUAUUGUUUUUUUGACAUUCUCGUUGCCGCCCGCGUCGUUGGAUCUGAAAGUCCCUAUCGAAUCACGUUUAAACUAUUUUAUUUUUAUUAUUAUUAUCAUUAUUAUUAUUAUUAUUAUUAUUGUCAUCAUCAUCAUCGUCGUCGUCAUUAUUAUUAUUAUUAUUAUUAUUAUUAUUAUUAUUAUUAUUAUUAUUAUCAUCAUCAUCAUUAUCAUUAUCAUUAUCAUUAUUAUUAUUAUUAUUAUUAUUAUUAUUAUUAUUAUCAUUAUUAUUAUUAUUACGUUUAUUUUUCUUUCCCUAUUAUAAAGGGUUGCUGAACACAGUGACUCCAACAAAAUGGACGCGCAUAACCUAGCAGUGGUGUUUGGUCCUACGUUGUUUCGAAUCCCGUCUGAACAAGACAUGAUAGCUUACCAGAGUCAAGUCAAUGGUAUGAUAGAACUGCUCAUCAAGCACAGUGGUGAGGUGUUCCCUGGCUCGGGAGAGUCAUUACGUGAAAAAUUGUCGGACACGGAAGAUGGUAGUGAUAGUGAAGAAGGUAAGAAUGUUGAAUUUCUUUAAAAGAAAAAAAAAAGGGUUUAAGCUUGUUUGUAGUGGAAAGUGCAGUAAGGGUGCUUUCCAUUUGUCAGAACUAACCGGCCUGUCCUUUCCCGUCGCAAUGAUAAUUUCACUUUUUAUCGAAACUCUCCAUCCAGAUCAGAUCAGACUAGAGAAUUAUGAAGUUUUAGAGCAGCUCAGAACUAAUUUUCAGACAAAGGGUUCUUCGUUUUGUGAUAAAUUACGUUAGAAUUUCUAAGCUUUUAAGUGACGCGGUAUUUACGUGGCGGCCGACAUACCAAACCAUUUCACUUUAAUAGUUUUUUGUUGUAAAAGGCGCGAUUUACUAUGUAGCCAUAAGAACGGUGAUCUUUAUGAUCUUUAUUUUCACAUGUGAAGAUAUCAUGUUUUAGCGCGCAAGCUCACCUUGCAUUAUUAUAAUAAUAAUUUAAGUUUCUGUUAGUUACCGGCCGCCAAGUUGGUGCUCAUCCGUGUAGGCACCAACAUCGCCUCUCCAUACAAUAAGCUAAAUAAAUUUGGGUAGAUCAUUUCUCUAAAUAUCUGGCAUAUGAAAAAUUGCACUGACCUGAAUCUUGGCGACGAUCUUAAGGUAUUUAUCUCCCUUCAUUUCUUAGAUUCUAGACUAUAUCUGUUGAAUGGUGUUGAUUUUAAUUUUGAUACCGUGACAGUGAACAGCGAUGUGCCUUUUUUGUUUAAAUUCCUGUUUUUUUUUUUUUCGCAGACUUCGAGCCAAGAGACGCGGAAGCUCUUUUCGACUACUCGGCUCGCUCUUCCAAAGAACUUUCUUUCAAGAAAGGCGACAUUAUCCGUGUUUUCAAGCGUUUCAAUCCUGACUGGUGGGACGGCACCAUAAACGGAACGGAUGGUUUUGUGCCCGCGAAAUACAUUCGCAUUAACAACGAUGAUAAUGAUAAUGACAUUACAGACAGCGAGGGUAGUUUGUCAGUUCCUGGUGAACUGACACCUUCGCCGAAGGUACUCAGCAGUGGGGAUAGACCUAGGGACUUAAAUGUGCCUCCGAGGAUCCCAAAGAGGGAGGGCUCGCUCAGGGGAAGGGAUAGUAUUCCUUCGCCCACCUCUGAGGUGGCAAGCCCCUUAGGACCAAGUCCCCAAACUGGUGGCAUGUCAUCGUUUAAGAAGACGUCACUUACAAGUACUCCGGUUUCGUCAUCGUCAUCAGGGCCACCAGCCAUCUCGUCAGAAGAUAUUGUGAAACGACAAUUGAAUCUCUUACGGAAGGCUCCAAAGGAGGAAAAGGAAACCGACGGUUCCGUUGAUAAAACGCCUGAAAAAGAUCAACCGUCUUUCGCCAUGCCACGGCUCCGAAGUAUCUCGCCUCCCAGAAAGACUUCGCCCAGCCAGGAAAAAGGAGGAGGCACACCAGAUGAAUCAAGAAAUGCAACCAAAGAAGAACACCGUAGAUCUAGUGAUGUUAUUUGGCAACCCAGAGGAGAAUCGCCUGGUAAUCGCAGCCCGCCUGGAAGUCCUCGUUCGACGACCGCGCCGAAGGUUCCUCCAGCUGUCCUUCCUAAGCCCAAAGGUGGAAGCCGCAAUCCAGCUCCUCCCUUUCGGAAAAAUUCCGAUGACUUACUAGCGUCUUUGCAUGCUGCACAAGCUGUACGGAGCCACCGGGGAGGGUCUACUGGGGAGGAUCCGAGAAAGAGUAGGGGGUCUGUCGGGGAUGAUACGGCCUUUUAG